UCUCGUAUGAAGGCCAUUGAAGAGGAACAAUUAUAACCACCACAUCACACUUCACAUCUUCUCAGAGAACAGACCUCUUACGAUCCAACGGCGCCAAAACCACACCAAUCUUUGGCAUCGAGACACUGUCACAUCUUUAUACGACGUUACCAAAGCCGACCAUCAUGUAUUCCUCCGUCCAUGCCAUCUUCUUCGGAAUCUUGGGCAUCUCAACAUCUGUGUACGCCGAGCACCUUCGAGUCGUCUGGUCAUCUGGCGCCUUCGGUGCUAUUGGUGGCCCCAGCGGAUCUGGCACCAAUGGCGGCUACACCGGCUUUGCCAUUCUCAACGACGCCGGCGAGGCUGUCUACGAUCAGUCUUACCCCAACGACCACUCUCCCUGUUACAACACUGGUGACGGCCGCACAUUCACCAUCGAAGGCGACUGCUGGGACACCGGACGAGUCUUCCACUGCAAGUCAGACUUUGGGGGCGCGCCCAAGACGUGUGAGGUGAAGGACAGCAACGGCAACGUCCUUGGUAGCGGCACGCAGCAAAAGGAUACCGAGUUCAUUGGCAUCGCUAUUGGUAUUGAUGCUACCUGUGUGGUGGAAUUUGACUCUGAUGGAGCUGGCUGCCCUGUAGAUGACGGCCACGGUCCCCUUCAUGUCACCUCGGGCUGAGGGUUAGCCCGACUGGCCGAUAGGAGCUACAUGUAGUCAGGACAAUGUAGACUACAGUAGAGAAGUGUGUGUAGCAGGUAGGGAGCUCGAAAGGAUACCAACUAUGCCGCACUAUGGACAGAGACCACCUAGAAAUAAGGGGGCCUUCGAAAUUAAGACCUCAGCUUUGUUCGUAUAAGAAAUUGUUCCAUCAUGACGCCGAGUGCUGCUAGAUGUGGAGCACAUGCUCAAAAGCUUUAGCAGCCAAACAUC